AUGGGAGCCGACGAGAAACAGCAUGUGGCCGCCGUACCGGACGGGAUGAGUGUGCACGAUGGGGUGUCUUAUGAGUCGACGACGGACUCCGACAACCCAUACGGUAUCCGCCGGGGCCUGAAAUCGCACCAUAUUCAACUCCUGGCCAUUUCUGGAGUCAUUGGCACGGGUUUAUUCGUCGGUACUUCCAGCGUCUUGAACAGCGCCGGCCCGGCAGGCUUGCUCAUUGGUUAUUCCGUUUGGUGCAUUUUGCUUCUUUGUGUCGCGCACGCCAUGGGGGAAAUGUCUGCUUUUCUUCCGGUCCCCGGUUCCUUCGUCACGCAUAUUGGUCGAUUUAUCGACGAAAGUUCAAGUGUGGCCAUGGGAUGGGUCUAUGCAUACAGCAUGAUCUUUGUCGCAGCCGAUUGUACAGCACUGACUGGGCUUUGGUCCUAUUGGUUUCCAGACAUUAACCCCGGUGUAUGGGUUGCUUGCACCUUGUCCGUCGUCUUUGUGCUCAACUGCCUUGCCGUCAAAUACUUCGGAGAAGUCGAGUUCUGUGCCUCCAUAUUCAAGGUGUUCCUAGUCAUAGGAUUCCUGUUGUUCGCCUUUAUCGUCGUCGUUGGGGGCAACCCUCAACAUGAUCGCAUCGGCUUUCGAUACUGGUACGACCCCGGCGCCUUCAACACACAGUACGUGGGCGGAAACGCGGGCCGCUUUCUGGCCAUAUGGGGUGUCUUCAACACUGCCGCAUUCGCCAUUGGAGGACCAGACUUUAUUGCCAACUGCGCCCCCGAGGCUGUCAACCCUCGAAGGAACAUUCCCAAAGCAGUCAGGCGUGUCAUUUACCGCCUCAUAUUCUUCUUUAUUCUUUCUGUUUUCGCAGUUGGCUUGCUGGUUCCAUAUAAUGAUCCAGUCAUGUUGACUGCGAUUGCUAGUGGCAACGGAGUAGCCAAGUCACCUUUCAUUAUUGCCAUGAACAGACUGGACAUUCCAUUCCUACCUGAUCUGUGCAAUGCACUUGUAAUCACCUCUGCAUGGAGCUGUACCAACUGCCUCUUGUUCCAAGCCUCUCGAACCGUCUUCGGCCUUGCAAAGAAUGGGCGAGCACCCAGGAUCCUUGCCAAGACCACCAAGAGCGGCGUUCCCUUGCCUGCUCUAAUACUCUCAAUCGCCGUGUCGUCUCUGGCCUUUAUGACAUGCAACACUGCAUCGGCAGUUGUGUUGAACUGGUUCAUCAACUUAGGCUCCACGGCCAUUAUGAUUGCAUACAUUCUCAUGAUGGUUGCCAAUUUGAGAUUCCACCAGGGCUUAAAGGUGCAAGGAAUUGACGUGUCGGUGCUGCCUUUCAGGAGCAGACUCACUCCCUACUCCAACUAUUUUGCAAUCUUUUGGGUUACCUUGAUUCUUCUCACCAAUGGUUACGGAGUAUUCAUCGACGGGCACUGGAGCUUUUCUGGCUUCUUCAGUGCAUAUUUUACCAUUGUUUUCUUUAUUGCAAUUUAUGUCUCGUGGAAGAUUGUCAAGCGAGCACCCUUUAUAAAGCCCGAGAACAUGGAUUUCCAAACUGGAUUAGCUGAAGUGGAAGCACACGAGAGGUCGCUCAAUUACGUAAAGCCGAGCUCCAGAUACGAGAGGUGA